AUGCAAUACAAACACAAACCAAACAGAAUAACGAUCAACAAGUUGAUCAAAAUAGUAAUGGUAAAAACAAAACAGAUUCCCAUCAAUAGUCAAUCAUCAAAGUCAACAUCAACAUUGAAUUCAGAUGCAAUACAGAAAUCAUUAUUUGAUUAUGUUGCACAAUCAUUUAAUCAACAAUAUCCAUCGAUUGAUGAUCGUAAAUCUUAUUAUCAUAAUCAACCACAACAACUACAACAACAACAACAACAGCCGAAUAAAAUAUCAUCAUCUAGCCCAACGAAUGAAUUGAAAAGACAAUUAUUGAUACAUAAAAUGGGUGCCAAAAUUUCUAGCAACAACAACAACAUGGAUAAGAAUCAGAAUCAAAUGAUGAUGAUUGAUGAUAGAUUAAUUCCAGAUUCAUCAUCACAACAAACAAUGAUGAUGAUGAUGACGGCGCCGGCGGCGGCGGUGGUAAAAUCUCCAGAAUUAAUCAUAAAGAAGAUGAAAUCUACGAAUAAACGACAACGACAACAACAACAACAACAACAGAUGGCAUUACCAUUGAUAACAAUUGAUUCAAAUACGAAAAAAAUUCGACGUCGUCGUUUAAUGGCUAAUGUUAAAUCGUUGAUAAAAGUGAUUAAUCGAUUUAAAUCAUCAUCAUCAAAAUAGUGACAACAAACAACAAACUGAUGAUGAUACAGACACUUUUUUUUGAUCAUUU